UUCAAAAUUGCUCGAAAGUGAAGCUGCCACCUUGAAAUGUGUGGAACUAUAUUUGUCGACGAUGAUUUCAACAUCACUUGUAUUAUCGACUGGGCAUUUUCUUCAACUGUCCCAGAAGCCAUGAUGUUGGCUCCUCCUGGCCUGCCCCAGUCACGCUACGCGUUGGACGAUUAUCUCGUUCAAGCCUUCAGAAAUGGAUUUGAAUCGGCCAUCACGGAAAACCCGCGUAAUGAACAGUCGGAAUUCAAUAAAAUCGCCGUUGACAUCCUACAGCAUGGCAAGUGCUCGUGGAUGUUGACACGGUUGCUCAACUUUGACUCUACUGAAGACUACCGUCUUGUUUCUGCCAUCUGGGGACAUAUAUUUGGCCAAGGAAAGAACGCUAGGUCUUAUUAUACCGAGAAGCGAUUGUCCUCAAGCUUUAUCGAGGUGUACAAUGACAUCCGACUGGGAGACCAGCCAAUUCAGAAGAUCCAAAAGGCUGAGCGGGAGUACUUUCGGGGUAAUACAUCCCAGGAGGCCAUUGCAAGGAAGCUAACACCAGUUUCGCAGUGGGGUUGCCAGUACACGCCACCCCAUCAGCAGCGCCUCCGGAAAGCGGGGGAGCUUUUCGUCACCGAUUCCAAGCUGUGGAAGUGGAUCAUGCUGUUCAAAUUUGAGUGGAAUUGAAUGUACGAACACGAACUAA